CACAGGGACAGGGCAGCUGGAGCUCCACUUCAAAUCUUCUUUACCCGAGAAACUCUGCAUUACAGUCUUUGUGAUAAACAUUUAGGAGUUUCACGAGUCGCUUUACUUUUGUGUUUAGGCUUUAGGUAUGUAGACAAAGACUGGGCGCUAGUUCAGUGCUGGGCUGCCCCUGCCAAGAGCACGUAGGAAAAAAAGAAAAAAGAAAACGAAGACGAGUGAAAAAAGAAAAGUCCGCAGAGCAGUUUUGGAGUUUAAAGUGAAGAAGCUUAGAGUGUCUGUCUGCAACUAGCAUCUGCACGCGAGCGAGAAGAAAGUCUGUGAGGACAGGACAGAAAAGUUUCGCAACUGAACGAGUAUCCUGUCUUGAUGAGGUACUGAGGAAUGCACAGUUGUCAUGGAAACCCAGUCCCAGACCAGUUCUGCAGCAGAGAAGAAGAAGAGAGUGGAGACCAUUGUAGCCACCAAGAGCGCGCCCACCCGUGCAGAGAUCAGUGAAAAGGCUGUGGCCUCCAGCACUACCUCCAAUGAGGAUGACAGUUCAGGUUCCCCAUAUCAUCGUGAGAGGCGUAAUGCCAUCAGUGGGCAGGCUGCGGUUCUGGCCGUAUCAGGAAAACUUAGUGAAGAGCCAUCCACCUCUACAGAAGACCGCCCCCCAUUAGUGAAGAAAGAGCUUCACAGCUCUCUGCCCCACCUGGCAGACCACACCCUGCCCUAUCGGGGGACACUGUUCGCCAUGGACCCUCGCAAUGGAUACCUGGACCCUCACUAUACUACACCUCAGUUCUUUCCUGCUUUUCAUCCUCCAAUACCAAUCGACGAUAGACAUGCACAAGGCCGGUACAUUUAUGAACCCUCACCAGUACCUCCGCUACACGUGCCCCCUGCACUGGCGGCCAGCCCGGCAUUUUCUGAUAUCUCCCUCAUCCGGAUCUCGCCACAUCGGAACCCUUCCGUGGGGGCGGAGUCACCCUUUAACCCCCCACAUCCAUACAUUAACCCCUACAUGGACUAUAUCCGCUCGCUGCAUAGCAGUCCCUCUCUGUCCAUGAUCUCUGCGGCCAGGGGCCUCAGUCCUGCAGAUGGUGAGUACCUCAGAGACCUGUUCUGGGCCUGCUAA